AUCUCUUACAGAACUUGUAUAAAUAGAGAUGGCAUUACCUCUUAUACGAACACACACACAAGAGCGGCCAGUUACACCUCAGAGAGGCAGAUCAUUUGGAUCAAAUACAGGAAGUCCAUUCAUAACAACUCCUCAUGGCAAUCCAAACUUUAAUCCUACCAAAGUCAGAGGUGGAGGAUCAGACAGUCGAGCACCAAAAGCACCAAAGGCACCAGACAAGCCACUAAUGCCUUACAUGAGAUAUAGCAGGAAGAUAUGGGAUAGUGUAAAGAAUUCUAAUCCAGAUUUGAAGCUAUGGGAGAUAGGCAAAAUCAUUGGACAGAUGUGGAGAGAUUUAGACGAAUCUCAAAAACAGGAAUUUAUGGAUGAAUAUGAAUCAGAAAAGGCUCAGUACAAUGAAGCUAUGAAACUUUAUCAUAACUCCUCAGCAUACCAAGCAUGGGUUGCAGCUAAAGGAAAAGCUGCUGCUGAGGCUGCUAUGGAAGAAGAACAACAGAAGCAAAGAGAACAAAGAACACCUAGGGGCCAACAAGCAGCUAAAAUGGAGGCCCAAGGGAGAAUAAGUAUACAACAAGCUGAUGAGGAUGAAGAUCCAGAUGAUGGAUUUUCAGUGAAACAUAUAGCCCAUGCAAGAUAUCUACGUAAUCAUAGACUUAUAAAUGACAUAUUUAGUGAAACAGUGGUUCCAGAUAUACGGACAGUAGUUACAACAGGCAGAAUGGGAGUACUAAAACGUCAAGUGCAAUCAUUAACCAUGCAUCAGAAAAAAUUAGAAAACGAGUUACAAACAAUUGAAGAAAAGCAUGAAGCAAAGAAAAAGAGAUUUUCUGAGGCUAGUGAACAAUUUCAAGAAGAAUUGAAAAAAUUGUGUGAAAAUAAACCCCAGAUAAGUGAUGACAUGUUCAACACUAUGAUGGUCAAAGCCAAAGAGGAACUGAAACAAAGACACAUACAGUAUUUACAACAGCAAGAAGAGGAGAAGAAAAAACAAGCAGAGCUAGCAGAAAAAAGAAAGAAAGAAGAGGAGGAGAGAAUAAAACGAGAAGAAGAAGAGAGAUUAAAAAGAGAGGAAGAAGAAAGACAGCAUCAGUUAGAUAAUCCUGUACCACCACCACCUAUUGUUUCAGAGGGACAAGUUAUGCCAAUUUUGCCACAAGUUAUGAACCAGGGUGCAAUGCCCCCACAGCCACCCGUUUCCAACCAGAACAUGGUCCCAAAUCAGCCAAUGAUGAAUUCACCAAAUGCAGUGCCACCACAACAGUCACAAAUAAUGCCCAUGCCGAAUGUGGUGCCUCAACAGAACAUGUUACAGCCACAACAAAUGAUGCCGAAUCAGAAUAUGAUGCCACAGAAUGUAAUGCCACAACAGAACAUGAUACAGCCACAAACUGUUAUACAGCCACAGCCUAUGAUGCCACAGGAUCCUUCAAUGGAAUCCCAGGCAAACCAACAACAAAUGAUGGAAAUGGGUAGUAUUGAUUCUCCAGAUUCUCAAAAAACAGAGGAUUUAUCUCAAGAUGGCAUGGCUGCAGGUAUGGAAGGUGGUGGUGAUGAAUCCUUUAAUUCUAUGUCACCUGAUGACUCGGCCAAGUCAUCACCAGAUGGCAUGUCUCCAGAUAAGAGUAUGAUGUCAGACAGCCAAGAAUCACAGGAGGACAAUUCUCCUCAAAAGAAGAGCAAAAAACCAGCUCAUAGAAAGAAAAAGAGGGAAGACAGAAAAGAAAGUCCCCGUCGGUACCCUUGUGAUAUCUGUGGUAAGGCGUUCAAACACAAGCACCAUAUGACGGAACACAAGCGCCUCCAUACUGGAGAGAAACCCUUCCAGUGUAAACGGUGCCUCAAACGCUUCUCUCACUCCGGAUCUUACAGCCAACACAUGAACCACCGCUUAUGUAAAACCUCUGGCGGUAACGGUGGUGAUGAUAUUAAAACCUCUAAAGAGGAUGACAUGGAUAAAGAAGAUGGUUCUAUCGUAGAAUCCGAGGAGGAAGAUCUUGGUGAAAGCAUUGAAUUGUCAGAAAAAGACAUUUAGGACACAUGUACCUAAUCCAGAAUCAUUUACAUUGUCAUAGUUGUAGUAUGUGUAUAAGUAAUGUGAACAUAGUCAAAUGUCACUUUCUUUGUUAUAUGUAAAAAGUUGAACAUGUUUUCUUACAAAAAUAAUUUGCUAUCUUUAUCCCAAACUUAUUUUGUUUCUUAUAAAAAUUGCAGUAUUUAACAAUCAUAUUAUUUUCCAUCCAUUCAUUCCACAAACAAACAAUUUAAUUGGUUGUGAUUUUUUGUUGGACCUAUUCAUUCUUGCUAGAGAAUGAACAUACAUGUUUUCAUCAGAUCCAUCUAGUCAGGCAUUAUCAUUAACAUAGUUAUCAUUGAAUGGUGCUUGCUACAUUUUCUCUUGAUUUCCAAAAUUAAAGAUUAGCAUAUUUAGAUAAAGAAGGAUCAUAAAAUGUGUAAAGUGAUAAUGAAAAGCAGAUUUAAGAGCAAUAAUAAUGGUUAAAAGCAAAACGUACUUUAAAAACAUAUUUCCAUUUGAAUUGUAUUUUUGAAAUGGUAAAAAAAAAUCUGUAUGGAUUAUUUUUUGUAUGCUUGUAUAGGAAGCAAUAAAGUUAUAUAUAAAGAAAAAA